GGAGCUGCGGAGGUGGAGGUGGUGGUGUUUUUGAUGUCGAUGGCGGAGGUGUGCUGUGACUCGGCCGUUGUGGUGGUUGGCGCGGAGGCGGAGGCCAGGGCGAGGGCGCGCGCCGGGAGGAGGCGGCGCGCGGGGGUGGAGGGGGCUGGGAGGUGGAAGGCCGGUACGGGUGCGGCCGUGGCGGAGGAGGCGGGGGCCGUGACGAGGAAGCGGCGGGCGGGUGGUGGGGAGGCCGGGGUUGUGGUGGUGGCGAAGAGGCACGGGGCGGCGUCGGUCGCCGGGAGGAGGAGGGAGAUGGAGGACGCCGUGUCGCUGCAUGAGGCGUUCGCUGCGCCGGCGGCGGAGGAGGGAGUGGGGGUUGGGGCGGCGAGGUGCGAUUUCUAUGGGGUGUUCGACGGGCACGGCUGCUCGCACGUGGCGGAGGCGUGCAGGGAGCGGAUGCACGAGCUCGUGGCGGAGGAGAUGGGCGCCGGGGCGGCGGCGGCGCGCGAGACGGCGUCUUGGGAGGGGGCGAUGGAGCGGAGCUUCGCCAGGAUGGACGCCGAGGCCGUGGCCGGCCGCCGCGCCGAGAGCGGCAGCUGCCGGUGCGAGGCGCAUAAGUGCGACCACGUGGGCUCCACCGCGGUGGUGGCCGUCGUGGAGGAGGGCCGCGUCGUCGUGGCCAACUGCGGCGACUCCCGCGCCGUGCUGUGCCGCGACGGCGCGCCCGUCCAGCUCUCCUCCGACCACAAGCCCGACCGGCCGGACGAGCUGGAACGGAUCGAGGGCGCGGGCGGCCGCGUCAUCUUCUGGGAGGGCGCCAGGGUCCUCGGCGUGCUGGCCAUGUCGCGCUCCAUCGGUGACGCCUACCUGAAGCCGUACGUCUCCGCCGUGCCGGAGGUCACGGUGACCGACAGGUCCGACGGCGACGAGUGCCUCAUCCUCGCCAGCGACGGCCUCUGGGACGUCGUCAGCAACGAGGCCGCCUGCGAGGUGGCGCAGGCGUGCCUCCGCCGCGGCAGGCAGCGGUGGUGCGCCGAGGCGGCGGCGUUGCUGACCAAGCUGGCCCUCGCGCGCCGCAGCUCAGACAACAUCUCCGUCGUCGUCGUCGAUCUCCGGCGGACGAACACCUUGUAGAAGUGUCACGAGCCGAUCACGUGUCGCAAUUGUAGAAUUAGUACUAGUAUACAGAUAUUAAUUACUUAGCUAAUGGUUCAACUUUUUUUUUUGUUUCUUGUGUUAAAACUCAUUUUUUUUCUUCUAAUUUUCUCCUCCCUGAAUCAAUCAAGUUCAGUGGAGUACAUAGAUCAGAUGAUGAGUUGUGCACUUGUGCUACUGCUAUUUGGUGUAACCAGAAUUUCAUCUGGAUACCAACAGAAAUGAAAUGAAAAUCAAGCCAGAUUAUUUG